AUGCUCUCGGUCUCCCAACUGAUUGUCUCUGAGCCAGAUCGCAGUCCGUCGUAUCCUGCCCUGCCCGGCCUGCAUCCCAAGCGCACUCACCACUCGCCCCAGCGGCCGUGCCAUUCACCCUACUUUCCGAGGCGGGCCUCGGCCCCGGCCAUCGAGUCGGCUGGCAGCCAGCGCACCUUGUUCCCGUACAACAGCCCUCCCCGGUCAAAGUACUCGCCUCCGCCGUGUUCCUCGCCUGUGAUGGGCCCCUCCCAGCUGAUACCCGAGCACCCGAGCUGCUAUUCAGCCCACGCCAGCGGGUCCGCCUACCUCGCUUAUCCCGGCAGCUACUCGGCCGGCCAGCGCCGCAACUCCCAAGUCUCGACGCUGUCGUCGGCAUCGUCCCACAGCGGCUACGGCUUCGUCUCGCCCACGGCCUCGUUGUUCUCGUCUCGUCCACUCGCUCCAGCCCUGGGCCCGGCCUCGUCUCCGACUGAGCACUUCCACUUCCACCAUUACGGCACCACCCCGCCGGAUCAACAGUUCUACGUGCUGGAGCCCUCGCAUCCGUCCAUCUCCAUGGCUGCCGAGCGGCCGUUCCUUUGCCGCGAGUGCGGUCUGCGCUUCCUGCGGCUGCACGAUCUGAAACGGCACGAGAAGCUCCACGGCGGCGUCAAGGCCUUCAUCUGCCCAAGCUGCAAGAAAGGGUUUUCACGGCGAGAUGCGCUCAAGAGGCAUACCGAAAUGUCGGAUAACGUCAAGCGAUUCCGCUGUGUGCCCAAAUCCGAUUCGUCGCCGCCACCCACAUCGCCAACCCCAAGCGAAAGCCCGAUCGAGAGCCCAACAGCGCUGACCCAGAGCGAAAUCGAAGCCACCCAAUGA